UAAAAAUUAGCCUGAUCGGCCACCGGAAGCGCGUUCUGGCCUCCUUGGGAGACAGACUUCACGAAGAUCCUCCUCAGAAACCACCUCGCUCAAUAACCCUCAGGGAACCCAGUGGUAACCACACUCCUCCUCAGUUGUCUCCAUCACUUAGCCAAAGCACUUUCACUACUGGUGGCUCCCUGGACGUUCCCCACAUUAUCAUGCAGGGCGAUGCAAGGAGAAGGAGAAAUGAAAACUAUUUUGAUGACAUUCCUCGGUCAAAGCUGGAGAGGCAGAUGGCACAGCAGUCCUCUGUCUGUGAGAUAUGGACCAACCAGAAUGCAGGAUAUCCUUUCUCAUCGAUUCAUCAGGUUCAUAAUACUGGAGACUGGGGAGAGCCUUCAAUUACCUUGCGACCUCCAAAUGAAGCCACAGCAUCAACACCUGUACAGUACUGGCAACAUCAUCCAGAGAAACUCAUCUUCCAAUCAUGUGAUUAUAAAGCAUUUUAUUUAGGUUCUAUGCUGGUAAAGGAGUUAAGAGGCACAGAGUCAACACAGGAUGCUUGUGCAAAGAUGAGGAAGUCUACAGAACAAAUGAAGAAAGUACCAACUAUUGUUCUGUCUGUCUCUUACAAGGGAGUCAAAUUCAUUGAUGCCACAAAUAAGAAUAUUAUUGCUGAACAUGAAAUCCGUAACAUUUCCUGUGCUGCCCAAGACCCUGAAGACCUUUCUACAUUUGCGUACAUCACUAAAGACUUGAAGACUAAUCACCACUACUGCCAUGUAUUCACUGCGUUUGAUGUGAAUUUAGCAUAUGAAAUCAUUCUUACACUAGGACAAGCAUUUGAGGUGGCCUAUCAGCUGGCGCUACAAGCACGAAAAGGGGGCCAUUCUUCAACCCUUCCAGAAAGCUUUGAAAAUAAGCCGUCCAAACCUAUUCCAAAACCACGUGUUAGUAUUCGGAAGUCUGUGCAGAUAGAUCCAUCUGAACAAAAGACUCUUGCGAAUCUACCAUGGAUUGUUGAACCUGGACAAGAAGCCAAAAGAGGCAUUAAUACCAAGUAUGAAACUACGAUUUUCUGAUACAAAAAGGACCCCCUGUUCCUUGUUGUGCCUUGCACUCCAAGCAGUCACAGCACAGCCUUUCCUUUAUGGCAAAGUUUCAAUCCAGCAGAGAGGAAGACUGCACCAUACGAGUGGCCUUGUAACUAACAAAAAAGGCUGGUAGUCAUUUCUGGUGAUGUUCUUCUUCCUGCAGCACUGACAGAAGAAUGACACUAUAUGAAGACUUUUAAAAUUACAGUCUACAAGAGGAGUGAGAAAAAUUAUUUUUCAUGCAGUUCUCCCUUGUGACUCGGCCACAGUGCUUUCUUUGGUUUCUUACUUUAGAAUUCUGCUUUUUAAAAAACAAAAGGUCUCUAAACUAACAUUGAUGCUGCCUAUGAGUAGAAUAUUUGAUUGGUUUUUUAUUUAAAUCUUGGCAGUUUUUAAUUGAAAUAGAACCAGAAUGAAUAAAUACUAGUAUUUGUGAAACCACUGAAUUCAUUAACAACCACUGUAUUGAAUAAAGAACUCAUUAACGUGACAAGAAAUUAGGUACCCUGAUUUCUAUGUGCGCUGGUUUUAUAUGUAAGCAUUGGUGUCCUUUGAGCCUCUACAGAAAUAGAAGCCUCUUACAUUGUGACAAAGGAUCAGAGUUUUAUGAAUGGUUAUAAAAGGGUAUUAAUAAUGCACAGAGAACGUCUUUUAUUAGAUAUUUUUAUGGAAGAGAAGUACUAUAGGAAAACAUAGGAAUAUUUAUGGAAAGGAAGCCAGAUUAAUUAUGAAAAAUAUUGUUUAUUUUAAAGUUAAUUAAACCACUGCUAUUGCAGCAUUAUGAAAAUUAGAAAAGUUGUAGCAUCAGUGCACUGGAUGUUUCAUGUGAUCAGUCUGGAAUGAAAGUAGAAUGGUCAUUCUGCUACACCUACGUAGAAUUUAUGCAGUUCAACAUUGCUAUAGCCAUGAAAUGUACUAGAAUUUUUAAAAAUAAUCUCAGUGGUUCUAAAAAGAAAAAAAUCAAAACUAUAAAUUUUGCUAUCAAGAUUUCUGUCACAGAAAACUUGUUUGGAAGAGUGUUGAUAAAAUUCUACUGCAAAACAUUUUCUAAGUAAAAAAAGCAAGAAAAAGAAAAAAAUUCCAAAGUAAUAAAAAUGUUUUCAUGAAACAAAAUACUUAAGCAUUUGCUUAAUAUUUGAUUAAAUAAGAUUUACUUACAUUUUCUUUAAAGUAUUUUAAUUUUUUUAAUGUCUGUGGAGUAUUUGUAUAAUACCAUGAUGUAUAUUUAUGUAGAACUGAAAUUAUAACAGUACAAAUAUCACUAUAGGAGAAAAAUGACAUUUUAACGUAUAUUGUUCUAUCCAGUCAAAUUGUGAAUCAUUUUGAAGUUCAUUAUAGAGAUAUUGAUAAAUUGUGUGGUUGUCUUAAUGUUUUUUUAAUUAUUAUUUCAUAUCCAGCUGAGGUUUUCAAUCAGAAUCAUCAGCUGGUGAAUUCCAAAAACAGAUAACUGAACUUGGUUUAAACCCGAUAAUUGUAUAUGGUUUAGUUAAACCUAAUUAUAGCGCUGAGUGAUGACAUACUUUUAAUACAGUAUUCAAUUUACUUGAACAAAAUAGUUCCUUGUACAUAUUUUGCCUAUUCACUGUUGAUAUGUACGUACUCAACUGACAGUAAAAAAUAACACUAAAAAUAUGGUACCAAAAGGAAAACUGUAUAGGAGAACAGUAAAUAGUAGCCUCACUGCAACAAAUACUUAUGUAAAUAUGCUUGGGCUUCCAGUUAUAAAUUUUGUAAUUUUGUCAUUUAUUUAUAUCCUAUAAAAGCACACAAAAUAAAAUGAAGUUGUACAGUC